AUGACAUUGCUUGUGGCUUGUUUUAAUUGUGGGUUUUUGUUGCAGUUACUUUUCAAAGCAGCAGAAUGGAAGAGUCUUCCUCUUAUGGCUGCAUCACUUGCAGAAGGUAGACAAGAACAUGCUGCACUUAUUGUUUAUUUAAUGGCUGCACAUACAUUUCUGGAAAGUGAUACUUACAGUAAUCACACAAACUGUGUGUAACUUUCCACUUUCCUCAAAAAUGUACAAGUCAUGAAAGUGUUUAUGGAAAAUUUUCAGGUGCCAAAGUGAACUGGGUAAAUGAGGAAGAUGGACAAAAAACAGCACUUCACCAGUCUGUCUUAGGGGUAGGUUUGACUCUUUCUGUUGACGGUGUUCUGCUAUGCUGAGUACUUGCAAUUCCUUCAUGGAAGGGUCAUCAUGUAAUGAAAUUAUUAUUUUUCUUCCUCAAGGGAUCAUUACCAGCUUGUGAGUUCUUUUUACAAAAUGGAGCUAAAAUAAACCAGAAAGACAAGAGGGGAAGAGGUGCACUUCAUCAUGCAGCACUUCUUGGGCAGACAGGGUGAGUUGAUCAAAAAUAACAUUCUAUUAAAACCGUUUUCUCUCUUACCAUCACUGUUUUCUGCAGUCAUUGUGAGUGUAUUGAGAACCUUGUUUGUGUCUGUAAGGCAAAGAAUUUUACUUCUUUUUCUUUCUUGCUUCAAGUUGUUAUUAUCAGUAUAUGAAUAUUGAUAAGGUUAAGACUUACAACCACAUGUUUCAGUAAAAGUUCCAUAACUGUGUGUAUUUAAACCUAGUUCCUGUAGGCUUCUCUCACCUAGAAUAUUGGAAAACACAAUCAUUUGUGGCCUGUGACUAUUUUGUUAGAACAAUUUUUGUUCUGACCUUCACUAUUUCCUGCAGUCUUUGUGAGUCUAUUAAGAACCUUGCUUGUUUCUGUAAGGCAAAGCAUUUUAUUUCUUUUUCUUUCUUGCUUCAAGUUGUUAUUAUCAAUACAUAUGAAUAUUGGUAAGUUUAAGACUUACAACCACAUGUUCCAGUAAAAGUUCCAUAACUGUGUGUACUUAAACCUAGUUCCUGUAGCUCUUAGCAACCAGUUCUUUCUGUAGAAUAGUGUCUAUCUCUAGAACACAAUACAGUGGUGUGGCCAGGGCUUAAAACAGUUCACCCAGCUGUGGCAUCAUCUGUCAUCACUUAUAUUAAUACUGCUCCUUUAUUUUCAGUCCUAUCCUCUUGUUCCUGAAGCGAGGAGGUAACCAGCAUGAUGUUGAUGAGAAUGGAAAAGUGAGUGUGAACAUAAUGUAGUGAUGCAUGAAAAAAGCCCUUGGAGACAAGUUCCCGCAUGAACUGCCAGUCUUUCCUUCCAAAUUAAUCUGUGUUCCCCUGGAAAACAGAGGAAGCAGUAGAUGUUGCAUGAAAGGUCACAAGUGGCGGUAAAAACAGUGCUCAUGAAAGUUUCUGGAUCAAUUUCUUUUGUUAAUUUCAGGACCCUCUUACAAUUGCACUAAAACAAACAAAUGCAGAUAUUGUUAUUCUGUAAGUAUACAAAUGCAAUAUAACAGUGGAUAUUGCCUGAUUAUGAUUCUGUCCUUGUUUAGGAAUUGGAUUCUUUCUUUUUAUUUAUCCUUCAAGAGUUGAAUGAAAGAAUCUUGAUAAAAAAUUGGAAUACGGAAUUCUAGAAAACACACAGCAGUCUUUAGUCAUUGUCUUGAUUUUGUGAAAGAAUCCUUCAUUGUUAGGAAUUGAAUCCCAAAAAAUUUUAUAUCUACAGUCUUUGUUUUUGGAUGUCAGGUUAAAGAAUCAUUUUGGUAUCUAUAACGGUAAACAUAUAGCUGCUUUUGGUCCAUUUCUAACUUGUCAACAUUUACCAGACGGUGAAAAAUGAAAUUGUUUAUAGGUUGAGACUGAAUGAAGAAAUGAGAGAAGAUAAUGAGAUUGCCCAGGGUAAGAUCUUUUUAAGAGUGCUCCAUCUAUUUUUUUCCGAUUUGUUUUGUUUGUUGUUGUUGUUGUUGUUGUUGUUGUUUUAAUUAUCAGUGAAUUUAAGGAGUGGUAAGCAAUGUAAUCUAACCACUGUAUUGUCCAUCAUGUUUGUCUACAAUGAAAGUCCACUAUCCCUGGAUAUUUCUGGGCAAGCAGUAUGAUGAAAAAUAUUAUGAUAUCAUAAAUCAAAUGCACUCUACUUAUCCAUGAUUAUAAGUAGUUGCAGAGGGAAAUUACUCAUUAAUCACUCCAAAGGGUGUAAAGGUGAACCCUUUACACCCCAGCAUCAUUAUGCAUAUUCUCCAUACUGUUCUCUAUACAUUUCCAAGGGUCUAACAAGGAGAAUUUGUUAAACCAUGAAGAGCUUUGUUAGUUGUUGAUCAUUUCCUUCAUUCUCGUGACUUGAUCAUUUGAUAUAAGGGAUAGAUUGUAAAGAGAAAUCAGAACCUUGUCACUGUCAUGGAUUAAAGGACUAACUGCUGUCAUUUUUUUUGUUUCAGGUGAUGUUACGUUCAAUGAUGUGUUCAGAGAUUUUUCUAAUAUGGCAUCCAGAGAUCCUGACAGGCUUAAACGCAAUUUUGAUUCAAGUAGACCAAGUAGACAGACACAACUGUGAUAACAAAAUCACUUUGUUCCACCUUAACAAAUAUUUGAGGUCACUUCACAUCAAAAUGUUUCAUUCCUCAAAAAUAAGCAAACAAAUUCUCAUUUCAUCGAAGAAACCAAUUUGAAUAUUCACUCUAGAUUUAAUCUUACCACAAACACAAAAGGAGUAAAACAUUAUUUCCAAUUUAUGUUUAGUUUUGUAGUAAUUUGCAUCAAUCAGGAAUUAAUGUUCACACUGACAAUAUUACUAACUGUCAUGUAAUGUAAGAAAACUGAACUGUACAAUUAACAUAUUUUUUAUUCAUAAGGAAUUUAAAAUUAUCCCCAUGAUAAUAACAGCAUCGUUUAGAACAGAGAAUAGAAUCUUGCACUGAAUAACUUAAGGAAAGAAAACAUAUCAGUAAAUCAUUGUUAAAAAAAAUAAUGAAAUUUGUAAAUAAAAUUUCCCCUAUGACAACUGAAUGGAAGGAAGGACAUCAAUGUUUAAUGAAGAGUUGACUGUAUGAAUACUAUGGUCAAAAAGUCAAAGUUAAACAUGAUGAUAUUAAUAUUACAAUGCUCAGUUAUGAAAAAUUGUACAGACUAGCUAGUAUUGAAUCAUUAUUUAGUUGAUUUUGACCAGACUAAGUGGUAUCCUCCAUUAGAUUGAUAUUGAUU